CCGCGGCGUCGCGACGCUCAAGCUCUCGACUCUGCGUGAUUCGUGGCAGUGAGUGUCAGCGCAUCUACGAAGCUCCACGAGCGACAUGCGCUACGGCUGGCGGCGGCCUUGUCAAGUGUCGACUGCGAUCAGGAGGUGAUCGGAACAAAGGGGACCCCAUCAACGCCGGCGAAGAGAUCAAAGACGAAGACACCGUCCAGGAAGACGUCGUCGAGCUGCUGGUGAAGGGUGUACCAGGCGACGCAUGACGAGGAAAAGAGGGUGACUGGCAUGAACGACGUGGACGACGUUGCCGAGGACUCUCGCGGCGAUGCCCGUGGAAGCAGGGCUACGGGCUACACGAAAACGAAGACGACGACGACGACGAUUACGUUCCUCGUGUACGCCCCGACCGCUGUACGGUCGGCCCGACUGACGACACCCGGUUGUAACGAUUCGCCUACGCAGCGAUUUGCGUUGUUUUAUGCCGAGUGAGUACACGUAGGUGAAGUCAAAUUGACGAGUUCUCGGAUGGAAAGACUUCUUCGUGAAGAAAAGGACUUCCUCUCUGAUAGCAGGAAUCUCCUCUGAAGAACGGAUUUUUUUUCCAGGCAGAAAUCUCUGCCUAGAAGAUCAGAAAGACACUGAGCUACUCUCGGAGAGGCUCUCCUCUUCAACAUCGUGCGUGUUUCGCCUCGAGGAAUCUUAUGCAGAGGAAGAACAUCCACGGUUACCGGAAGACGUCCAAGACGGUGCUCAACGUGCACGAUAAUUUCAAGUGCGCGUGACACGAGGGGAACCAUGAGUGCUACCAGGAACGACCUUCCGGUGCGGCGAUGCAGUACGACGUGCAUCGCGUGAUUCGCGCCGAUUUCAAGUAGAGGAUCGGCCUCCUCCUCCACCUCCUCCUCUUCUUCCUAACGUCGUAAGUACCGCGGCGGCGGCCACCACUUACGGUGCAACGCGCUGGCCCGUCUCUCCCACUCGACCCUCCACAUUCGCGGGGGUAUCAAUCCUUACGACGAGGACACGCACACCAGGGUGGCACGAUAGUAUGACGGUGAUGCUGCUGCAACGUUCAGUCACCCCGCAGUCGACGCACAGCCAAAAGACAGCGACGAAGGACUGCAGCGCGAAGCCGCCCUUUCUCUUUCUGUUGGACGAUCGUGAGGAGCAUCGCCACUCGACCGACACCAACACCACGACUACUACAAAUAACAACAAUAACAAUAACAAUAAUAACAAUAAUAACAUCAACAAUAAUAACGUCUUCAAGAGGGGCGCCCGGAGGAGCAGUAGCCACGAUUGCGUCGCCGACGAGGCGCCGUCGUCGGUGACGUCCCAACGACUCGCCGGCGGUGGUCAGGACGUCGCGAUGCGAUAUUACCGUCUCUGGAUCUACGCCUGUAACCUGGUGUUGCUCGGUAGCGCGGUCGGCUUCGCCGCCGCGGUGUCGCAGACCCUCUUAUUCACCGGCGAUCCACGUCGCCACGUGGUGCCGGGUGUACCUCGCGUCUACGACCCCACCGCGCUUUACGGUUAUUUGGCAUUGGCGGCACAAUUAGGCCUGGUGCAACUGCUCGGCUGCAUCGCCGCCAGGCGACUCAGCGCCCGGCUGCUUCAUUUCUACUGGAUACUGUUGCUGGUACUGCUGUUCGGCGACGCUGUGGUUGGCGUCGCCUGGAUAUUCCGCUUCGAGAAGAUGCGCACCGAGCUCAGGCCCACGCUCAAGCUACGUUUACAGGUAGACUACGGGAAGGAAACACGAUUCAGCGACCAGUGGGACCGACUUCAGCGAGAAUUUGCGUGCUGCGGGGUAACCGGGCCUAAAGACUUCCCAAACAACCGCUGGCCACAAACUUGUUGCGGGCCGAGUGUGAACGCGAGUGAUCUCUGCCAGAAUCCGCACGGACGCGGCUGCGAGGAAACGCUCGUACGUUGGCUCAGAAAAACAGCGGAUCUGCUGUUCGUCCUGGGUUUUUGCGUGAUCGCCUUUGCUAAGCUCUGCUUCCUCGGAAUAUUACGCUAUGAGAUACGGGAGAUGAUACAGAAGAUACGUUUGUUAAGGGAACCACCACCUCCGGCUACGCCAUUCGGGCAACCGCCCUUCUGCCAAGUGCUGCCGGAAACCGCCAAUAACGGCAGCAUCGUCAGACGCACAACUCUGCCUAACGCGAUGACGCCUUCCGGCAAUGCGUCCCUAUUGCUGCAAUCGGACGAGUGCAAUACCGGCCGGCAUCCAUUGUUGGCGAACAAUCUGCAAGACGGCGGCGCUGACAGUGACACCAAUAGCCAUUGCGCGCUAAUACUCGAAGAAUCGACACCUACUUCGGCCAACAAUCACAACAAUUGCACAGCCGGUCGUGAGAAAAGCAACGGCAACAACAAUUACGAAAUGCGUGAGUUUAAUCGCAGAUUGCUGUUAUCGAACGGGGCCAGUCCGGGCACAGGCGUAACGGUAACGAAUAGUCAGAGUAAGCGUACCUGACUAUGGAGAUGGUGGCGAAACAC